AUGGGGGCUGACCUUGCCUCAGUCUCCGGGGUUGUUCCCACUUCGUGUGGCCUGAACAGCAUGUUCGAGGUAUACCUGGUGGGGAACAACUCCCACCACUUCAUCAUCUCCCCCACCUCCGUCCAAGGGAAAGCGGACAUCCGCAUACGGGUAGCCAUCCCACUGGACUACGAGACUGUGGAUCGCUAUGACUUCGACCUCUUUGCCAAUGAGAGUGUGCCCGACCAUGUGGGCUAUGCCAAGGUGAAGAUCACCCUCAUCAACGAGAAUGACAACCGACCCGUCUUCAGCCAGCCACUGUACAACGUCAGCCUGUACGAGAACGUCACGGUGGGGACCUCAGUGCUGACAGUCCUGGCAACAGAUAAUGACGUAGGCACCUUCGGCGAAGUCAACUACUUCUUCACUGAUGACCCUGACAGGUUCUCUCUGGACGAAGACACAGGGCUUAUCGUGCUGAUUGCCAAACUGGACUAUGAGCUGAUCCAGCGCUUCACCUUGACAGUCAUCGCCCGGGACGGGGGUGGUGAGGAGACCACAGGCCGGGUCAGGAUCAACGUGCUGGACGUCAAUGACAACGUGCCCACCUUCCAGAAGGACGCCUAUGUGGGUGCCCUGCGAGAAAACGAGCCUUCUGUCACACAGCUGGUGCGACUCCGGGCAACAGAUGAAGACUCCCCUCCCAACAAUCAGAUCACCUACAGCAUCGUCAAUGCCUCUGCCUUUGGUAGCUACUUUGACAUCAGCGUGUACGAGGGCUACGGAGUGAUCAGCGUGAGCCGCCCCCUGGACUAUGAACAGAUACCCAACGGGCUGAUUUAUCUGACAGUCAUGGCUAGGGAUGCUGGCAGCCCCCCUCUCAACAGCACUGUCUCUGUCACAAUCGAGGUGUUUGAUGAGAAUGACAACCCUCCCACCUUCAGCAAGCCUGCCUACUUUGUCUCCGUGGUGGAGAACAUCAUGGCAGGAGCCACGGUGCUGUUCCUGAACGCCACGGACCUGGACCGCUCCCGGGAGUACGGCCAAGAGUCUAUUAUCUACUCCUUGGAGGGCUCCUCCCAGUUUCGGAUCAAUGCCCGCUCAGGUGAAAUCACCACCACCUCCCUGCUCGACCGUGAGAUGAAGGCUGAAUACAUCCUCAUCGUGCGGGCAGUGGACGGGGGUGUGGCUCACAACCAGAAAACUGGCAUCGCCACUGUAAACAUCACUCUCCUGGACAUCAAUGACAACCCCCCCACAUGGAAGGAUGCUCCCUACUACAUCAACCUGGUGGAGAUGACCCCUCCAGACUCUGAUGUGACCACGGUGGUGGCUGUGGACCCAGACCUGGGCGAGAACAGCACCCUGGUGUACAGCAUCCAGCCACCCAACAAGUUCUAUAGCCUCAACAGCACCACAGGCAAGAUCCGCACCACCCACGUCAUGCUGGACCGGGAGAACCCCAACCCCCACGAGGCGGAGCUGAUGCGCAAGAUCGUUGUCUCCGUCACCGACUGUGGCAAGCCCCCUCUGAGAGCCACCAGCAGUGCUACAGUGUUUGUGAACCUGUUGGACCUCAAUGACAACGACCCCACCUUUCAGAACCUACCUUUCGUGGCUGAGGUGCCGGAGGGCACCCCUGCAGGGGUCUCUGUCUACCAAGUGGUGGCCAUUGACCUGGAUGAGGGCCUGAACGGACUGGUGACCUACCGCAUGCAGGUGGGCAUGCCCCGCAUGGACUUCCUCAUCAACAGCAGCAGCGGCGUGCUGGUCACCACCGCCGAACUGGACCGCGAGCGCAUCGCCGAGUACCAGCUGCGGGUGGUGGCCAGUGAUUCGGGCACGCCCACCAAGAGCUCCACCAGCACACUCACCAUCCGCGUGCUGGACGUGAAUGACGAGACGCCCACCUUCUUCCCGGCCGUGUACAAUGUCUCCGUGUCCGAGGAUGUGCCACGGGACUUCCGGGUGGUCUGGCUGAACUGCACCGACAAUGACGUAGGCCUCAACGCCGAGCUCAGCUACUUCAUCACAGGUGGAAACGUGGAUGGGAAGUUCAGUGUCGGCUACCGUGAUGCUGUCAUAAGAACAGUGGUGAGCCUGGACCGGGAGACCACAGCCGCGUACACACUCAUCCUGGAGGCCAUUGACAACGGCCCGGUCGGCAAGCGGCGUACAGGCACGGCUACUGUGUUCGUCACCGUCCUUGAUGUGAAUGACAACCGGCCCAUCUUUCUGCAGAGCAGCUACGAGGCCAGCGUCCCCGAGGACAUCCCUGAGGGCCACAGCAUCGUGCAGGCAAGUACCUUAGCCUCCCUCUGCGCACUCACCACCCCACCCCAAAAGGGCCUUCAGAGCAGGGUGGAGACAGAAAUGUCACAUUUUCCCGGAAGGGAGUUGAGGAGAGAGCCAGGGCCCAGCGAGGCCAGAACAGAGCGGCUUUCAUGGGGCCCCUUGGCCAGAGCUCCCCUCUUGGGAAAUAAACAGGCACAAGAAGAAACUCCUUUGCCUGGGGAGCAGAGCAACAGCCAUGAGGCCCUGGAGGCCUUGUUGCUGGGUGUGGAGGAGGCCGGGAAUGAAUGA